AUGCGCGCCAAGUACUACAGCGUGAUACACAUUAUCACGAGGCCAACGCUUCUCCAUGCGAUUCAUGCCGAUUCGGCCCCAGACUUCAUAAUGAAGAAAUACGACUUCACGCCCGGCGACGAAGAUGAUUCGCCUGAUCCAUCGGAAAUUUUGGACUCUCUAUCUGAGAAAUAUUGGCAUGGGGCCAUAAUGGCAAGCAAGCGCUGCGUCGACUCGGCAAUGCAGAGCAUUGUCGCUUUUAACGGCCUUGAGAACGCCAACGAGCGACUACUCGUCACCAACGUUUUUAGUACUACUCAUGCACAAUUUGGCAAUUGCCUUAUAUUAGCAGCAGUCCAUGCCCUGAUUCUUGAGAACACGCUGGAUUCCCUUCAUAGGGCGGAAGCUAGCUAUAUGGAUGCUUCUGUGGGGACAUGA